AUGGGUACCGCCGGUAAAGCUUUCGAAGCCCUUCAAGCAGGGAAGAAAGCUAUCAAGCAAGGCCGUGAACUGCAUGGCAAAGUACAAGAAGGUUAUGGUAGAGCCCGGGAAGUGCAUGGUAAAGCCAUGGAAGUCAAGCAACAAGCUGAGAAGUUCGGCAUAGCAUUACCAAAAGACGCAUCAAGUCUUCCCAAAACCCGUACCGAAUUCCAAAAAGAAGCGAAAGGCUAUGCACGGGGUUGCUUUUGUGGAUUUUGGGGCCUAUUCAAGGCUGAAGCCAAGAGAUAUAUUACAUAUGUCCUUUCUCUUCUGGUAUUUGCCUUCAUCGCAAUCGGACUCGUUUGUUUCCUCAUUGCUGUGCUUUCGCAUCAUCCACAUUUGCAACUUUUCACAUUAACGACAAAGACAAUGACGUCUAAUACUAAGAAAGGAGACAUGGUUGCAACGGGUAGCGAGAGCGUGGAUUAUAAGAUCUAUCUAUUGCAUUACUGUGUUUUUGGUCUUACCGCAAAGGCUGAAGAGCAGUUUAAAAUGACAAAUGGUUGUCAUCAAUCAAAGCAAGGUAAGAUCUUACAUGGGAUUUCAACACAAAGCUUCUUCCCCUGGUCACAAUCAUCCACGUGUAACUGAAAUAAUACCUUUCUACGCCUUAGCAUUGUACGGCCAUGUACUUCCUGCCCUCAACUCCACUUUCACGCCUCCUCUCCCUGCAGGCCCAACAGCAGACAUUCAGACCCUCUUCAGAAAAUAUGGAUAUAUAUCUUUCAGCCUCUACAUCUUCGAUAUCAUUCUAUUACCCGUAAUUGCAGGCGCAUUUAUCUGGUGGCUUGUUAGCACCCUAACCCCUUGGAAACGAACUUUUAGGCUCGUUCUUUGCGUAGGUCUAUUUUUCACCAUUCCUGCUGUUCUACACCUCCCAAAACUAAUACAUCUAACAUCCCACCUCAGUUCUUUACAGCCACAAUCCUCGCCCCUGCAAUCCUCCAAACACUACUCGUUUACCGCACCAUGCACAUUCUGAAGCACGACAUCGACCUCAACACCUCCAGCCUCGAAAUCACCCUCAAAACCGGUUUCCUCUACAUCAUCCUCACCCACUUCUUCUGGUGCACUCUCCUCUUCAAUCUUAUUCUUUUCCGACUCAUAGAAUGGCUUCGAAAUAAGAGGAAAGCAAGGAAACUUCAUCAAACUCAAGGUAUUGACCAGGCUCAGAAUAUUCAGGUCUUCGAUGGAUCAGUUCAUGAUGGUCAUAAUGUGGCUGGUGAUACCUUGUAUGAUACUCAAUCAUUUGGGAUAAAUAAAAUGCCUCUUGAACAGGAAAGUAUGGGAAUUCCACGAAGCCUGUGGGCAUGAAGGGCGAUAAUGGUGAUUUGAGAGAAGGAAUUUUGAGGUAUUAUCCUGAUUACGGCGAUCAAAAGCGUGGCAGAAGUUAUAUGGGAAAAGAGAGAUUUGAUGAUGUAUAAUUAGACACUAGGUAUUGUGG